AUGGGUGUGCAGCUGUUUUGUUGUCCUUUCACUUUUUUCUUCUGCUUCUGCAACCUCACUCGGCACCAACUGAUAUGGCCUGACUUACAAAAUGCGAAAGGCUCAACCCAAGCAGGAAGUGGAAAGCUUCCCCUUGGUCUCGGUGCCGAUGCACAUUUGCGAUCAGAGAAGAUGGUCUCAGCAUGGGCAUUUGAUUCGAUUGCACUUGGCACAAGUUACUUGCUGCUACGCUACACUACAGUACGCUACGUACUGCGGAACGGCAGCCCGGAGCUGGCUCUGGAUGCACGGCUACCGAAUCGUCACACACCCCCUCGCGUGCACCCAUCACAGCAUUUCUUUUCACUUUCAGUUGACACACGUCAUUUCGACUUAGACUCACUGGCUUGA